AUGUGCAACUAUACCUACCACCACGACCCUAACUGCGGUCACAUAGCCUCCUUCAACAUCGACACCUGCACCGCAUUCACCUCGUCCCUGCGCAUGGCAGAGUCAGACUCAGACCAGCAGCCUACCUCCUGCACCAAGGCAGUCCACAGCCAUGACCUCGUCAGUCCGACCAGCCCCUCUCUCUGCUUUCAAUGCGAGCAGGAGUGGAUGGAGCGUGCGAAAAAAAGAGUUAAGGUUAUGGCGCUGGGAGAAACGCUCCCGGAUGAAUACGACGAAGAGCAGCCGGAUUUCGUCCAGCUAGACGGACUGGAUUGUCCUCCGAAGGUGGGGAUGACUUUUACAUUUUCCGCACUGAAAGAUAAAGAAAAGAAGAAGCUAAUCGGGAGCAUUACCAUGGGCGACGAUAUACAGUACGAUAAUGAGACCGAUAUGUUCAUCGACGCUGGUGUCGAUUAUUUUAUCAGUGGAAACGACAAUGGCCACGAGAGCCACUACGAAGAUGCCAAUGAAUAUGACGCAGGCGAAGAUGAAGACGGUGAGUCUUGUCCGACAAACUCUCCCUUCGCAAGUCAGGGCUCUAGUUUCUUUGAAGAGAGACAGUACUUAGAUUUUGACUUCGAUUACAAAUUUUCACCUACACCUGAGGAAUACGUCCAUGUCAGCGCCGUCGAUGACGAAAGUAGCAGCGACGAUGAUAUCGAACUCGUCUACCUCGACUACCCCAAUGCGACCCCAUACCAUGGGAAGCUCCCCCACGAGCUCGAUUCCAGUUCGGACAGUUUCCAAAAUGUCGAAUACUUCAACCUAAGCCCUACAUCCAGCUACUCGGAGACAUCCUUCUUGGACGUCUGGGACGAAGCGAACAUGCUGCAAUCAAAGUCUCCGCGUAGUCCGCGGACAAGGGAGUUUAAGGAAUUUGAGAAGAGUGUCGGUGACGCGGCUCCGUCGGCUACAGGGUUUCUGGGUAGGGUUUAUAAUAGGCUGCCGGAGAUUCUUUCGAGGGUUACUGUGAUUGGGAGGAUUAAUAGUAAUUUUGGACGGUGA